UUGCCACCCUGUCGGCUGACAGUAUUUGAUGAUGUCAAAUCUAACAUUUAUGUUUACUGUUUGUUUUGUUUAGUGUAUAUCUAACCCAUUUAAUUAGGGCUUAGGUUAGAUUUUAACAUUUUGUGGCAAACAAAUUAAUUUUCUUUCUAUUCUCUUUAGGUCUUUGCUAGUUGUUAUGAUCGUUCUUCUGAUAAGUGGAACAGUGUGGAUUUAGUCCUGUGGUGUAGAUUAAAUUAUCGUAUUUGUGAAUUUCGUACGACAGACUGAUAAAUGUCAGUAUGCCGACAGAAGCAUCUACUACCAGUGAAGCUAUCGUUAAUUGUGGAGGGACCACUGAGGAGGAAAAUACACUUGGACAGACUACAUCUGCCCAUCUUAGCACAGAUAAGCCAUCAUAUUUUGAACAUCGAGCAAAUAUUUUGUCAAAUACAAAUCCAUGUAUUAAAUACAUUGCGAAUUAUUCCGUUCCUUAUAACACGUGGCAUCUUUGGCACUCCAAGCCAAAUCAAGUUCCAAAUAAGUCAGGUCAGCACUGCAGUCAUCCCUUAUUGUGCUUGGAUGGGAUCCGAUUUUUAACCAUGAAUUGGAUAAUUUAUGGACAUUGUAUAGCAUUCAGCAUGUUUGUUGCAAAUAACCUGCUACUUUUCUCACAAAUUCAUCAGCCAAAAUGGACCUAUCAAGUAAUAAUUAGUGCAACUCUAGCUGUGGAUACAUUCUUCUUCAUGUCAGGUUUAUUAUCUACUUAUCUCACCAUUCCAAAACUUCGACGAAUUCCCAGUUGGAAACAUUGGAUAAAAUUUUGGUGGAGUUUCGUAUUUCAUCGCAUUUUACGUUUAACUCCAGCUUAUCUUUUAGUCUUGAUACUGUAUACUGGAUUAUUUAAUCAUGCUUAUGUCGGUCCAAUGUAUCCUCAAACUCCCAAUUUGAUGGAUAUAAAAUUUUGUCGUGAUCAUUGGUGGAUAACAUAUUUGAAUAAUUUUAUCUAUGCGGAUGAAAUAUGCAUGGGAUGGUCAUGGUAUUUGUCAAAUGAAAUUCAAUUUUCAAUUGUGUUAUCUCCAAUCUUCUUAUGUUUAGUAGCAUGGAAUGAAACUAUCGGUGUACUGUUUGGUUUUGGACUUGUAAUUUCCAGUAUCGCGUCCACAUUUGGCAUAUCUUAUUCGAAUGAUUAUUUACCUGGUGCGCUAUCACUCUCAUCAUUCACAACUAUUUACGUAAAACCGUAUACACGUUGGAGCACUUAUGCUAUUGGUCUUUUAUUGGGCUGGUUCCUAGAAAAACACAUCAAUAUUUUGAAUAAUGUGAAUACAAAAACGAAGGUUUUGAUUGGUGUGAUUGGUGUAUGCCUGUCAUCCAUAUUCUGUGUAUCUACUGUCUACGGAUUGUAUGGACUACUAAGUGGAAAGGUCGAACCAUUCACAACGUUUGGAGCUGCAACUUAUACAGCAUUCCAUCGACCUAUUUUUAUUCUCGGUAUUGCAAUCGUUGUAUCGAUGUGUGCUCUUGGUUGUGGUGGUCCAAUUCGCUGGAUUCUCACAUUGUCUGUAUUCCGUGUUCCUUCACGGUUGACAUAUACAGCUUAUCUUGUACAUCCGAUAGUGGUUUUAUUCAUCGCUUUAGGAAGUCAGAACCCAAUACUGCUGGAUGACCUGCAUUUGAUAGUUAUGUUCUUUGCCGUUCUACCAAUUACUUAUUGCUUGGCAUACUUGGUCACACUGGCAACUGAGUCACCGGUGUUAGCUAUGACACAUAGUUCUGGAGGGAAAAAGCCUUUGUCAUCAGAAAGUUCCAUGUAAACGAAAGCAAUUGAUCAUGAGUAAAAUCUAGACAAAUCAGGUUUCACUCCUUGUCUUUCUUGAAGUUAUCAAUUUGUUGUAUACUAUUAUAAAGCUAUGGAGUUUUACUUAGUAUUUUUUUUCAUUAUUUUUGUAUCCAU